UUUAAAAUUGUGAUGCUUGAAAUUCUUUUCAGUGUGCUAACUUUGUACUUUGAAAUAACCGAAUUAACCGAAUUAAAAGACGUUGCAUUACUACGUAGAGACCUCCUAGACUAUAUCAGCUCCUUCAAAGCUUAUGAAGAAGAUGAGACAAUACUUGUCAGCCAGUUACUUAGAAUUGCUCUGAUUUUCCAAACGACGCCGCUGAGCGAUUCCGAGAUGGAGAAGCUGAAACUGGUUAAAAUAGAUCAGAAUAAUUUAGCGCAGCUGAUGGCUUUAGGCUCAGAUAAGAGAAUUCUGAAAUUAAACGAGCAGCUUCUUGCGAUUUUCACAAAGCGGUCUGAGGACAUCCCCUUAAUGGACACUUCCGAGAUUCCAUUUUUAGGCAUGAAUGUAGUUUGUUCCAUAUUCCGCGUCUUGACCAAUAGUCUGCAAUUCUUUAAAUCUCUUUUCCUGAGAACUGCGAGAAACAAUUUUGGUAUUGCAGUACCAAAAAUUUUGUUUACUGACCAAUUGCAUGAUGUGAUUGAUUGUUUGGAAUAUGUCGUCGAAACUUUUCAAUCAGAAGCCCCAUUAAUGAACCUCUUUUACAAGGCAUUCAAAAACCGAUUCACCUUUAGACAUGUUUAUUUGCUCGGUUCUGAGUUCCUAACCACUUACGAAAUGAAGCAAAAGAAAAUGAUUGCUAAAAUUUGUAAAGCGAAAGCGGCGAUGCCAGAAAUGUUUGAUGCUGAAAUGGAAGAGAUGGUGCAAGAAAUUAUUGAAUCUGCAAACAUGAACAGCGCGCAGUGUUUAAUUGCAGCAAUGACGUUCGCCGUAUAUUCAAACAAGCAGCAAAAAGAUUCUUACGACACUGGAGCAAAAUUGAUGAUGAGCAUGUUGAUGGUGAUCAGCAAACACGACGAGGCCCUGCUCGCAUUUUUGCGAAAUCUUGACCUUGAGCGUUUACUUUAUAAAAUGAAGUCUCUUUUCUUAGAGUUCGCUGCGCGUAACAACCGUAAUGACAACACUACCGAUGAAGUAAGGAUAUAUAAAUGCUUUAAUUUUAUCAAUACUUCAGGAAAAAGGGCUAGAUUGCUUUAUAUAUACAAAAAAUAAUUUCUUUUGAUUGUGCAGUUUUUCCCAAUGAGAAAUGGGAACGUCAGAUUUUGCUCUAAUUGCCAGCUGGAAACAAACCAUGUGCACCAAAUAAUAUCAGGAAUUAAUAGUAUGGGACAGUAC